AGAACCAUAGUUUGUUUAUCGCCUAUACGGCUUCGUCUUGGGUAGUUGACUGGAGAGAGUACAUCUCCAAUCAAUGGCCGAAAAAAAGUGCUACUAAAUGGACCCCACCCUGCCGGAAUCAAAUCUAAACGAUCUUCGACUGCGUGCGACGCAAACUUUGCAGUUGAUCGGUUUGGUCGAAGCGAACCGUUUGCUGUACGAUCCAACGGAUAAAAAUUAUACACGGAAAAGGACAAAAUCGAUUGCGUGGAAGAAAAUCACCAGUGCAAUUCUCGGCAUCAAACCGGACGAGGUAACCCGCUUGCAAUCGCUACAGAUACAACACAAGUGGAAAAGCCUUCGAACGGCCUACGUUCGGCAACGAAGACUCGCCAAUCCACUGGCACCGUACCGUUAUGCGGAUUUAAUGAGUUUCCUAGAUCCAUUCAUUCGGCGGGAGGAAUCCGAUGUAGUCCUUGAACCGAGCCAAUUCUCCGCUCCAUUUGAACUAGACCUCAGUGGCGAUGUUGGAACGGAAAUGGGAUCAGUAUCAAUCGAGAAUCAAUGCAUCGAUUUCUUUGAUCCCAUCGAGGAGGAUUUCACCUGUGACAUCCAGAUGCUUCCAAAGCAGCAAAUCAUCGAUGUGAUGCCUGCUGCACCCCCAGCUUCGUCGGCCGUUUCCACAGCUUCGGAUGCCAACGAAAGUACAACCACUUGUACCGCCAACAAUCAUUCAGCAAACAACCAAACCAUCAUAGACGAGCUGGAGGUGUUUUUCUCCCAGAUGUCCCGCACGGUUCGCAAGUUUAAUGCACGCAAAAUAAUUGAACUUAAAAUGCAGAUUUUCAAUCUCGUGUCGCAAGCGGAACUUGACGAGCUGGAUGCGGCCGCCAGACAUUAGAUCAGCCCGUGAGAUCAGACUGAAACGAGAAAUGCAACAUUAACUAGUCAACCCGUACCUUAAUGUUCGCUUUUGUUUUUGGAUUUUUAUCCGAUUGUAAUUAUUGUUUUUUUUUAACCUAUUUAUUUGCUAACUUAUUUUAGUAAUUACUGAACAUUUUGGUCCAUCAGAACCAUUCCAUUAGUUUAAUUUAUUUUUAUUUUCUAUGCGUAAUGGAACUAUUUAUUACAUAGAAUAUAUAUGUACCAGCAUACAUACAUAACUGGUAGUGCCAAUAUAAAGAAAUAACGCAAACAACUGACUAUUCUAGUCUCUUAUAAAUUCUGUUUUACACGGGCGUACUAUUAAUCUUGAUAAAGUAAUUGUGCACUAAGAAUUUUAAUCUAAUAAAACGAAAUAUAUGUAAUUUUCAACAAUUCUCAG